CGAAAACGAUUAAUCGAUAUUCUAUCUGCAUCAGUAGACAACUCGAGCGAAGUAUGAAUCAUAAACGCCUCCCCCCUGUUUACGCUUGUCAUUAUUGUUAUUUUUGAAUGAAUGUUUUGGUUUCCAAGUUCCCACAAUGGCUAGAGAAUAUGAUCAUUUAUUUAAACUACUCAUCAUCGGAGACAGUGGUGUAGGAAAAAGUAGCUUGUUACUUAGAUUUGCCGAUAAUACAUUUUCAGGUAAUUAUAUUACCACAAUUGGUGUUGAUUUCAAGAUCCGUACCUUAGAUUUAGAUGGCGAAAGAGUUAAACUCCAAAUAUGGGACACUGCUGGUCAAGAAAGAUUUAGAACUAUAACUUCGACAUAUUAUCGUGGUACCCAUGGUGUAAUAGUUGUUUAUGAUGUUACCAAUGGAGAAUCAUUUGCUAAUGUUAAAAGGUGGAUACAUGAAAUUGAACAAAAUUGUGAUAUGGUGAAUAGAAUCCUUGUGGGAAAUAAAAAUGAUGAUCCUGAAAGAAAAAUUGUUGUAACUGAAGAUGCCCAAAGAUUUGCUGAACAGAUGAACAUUAAACUCUUUGAAACUAGUGCAAAAGAAAAUAUUAAUGUUGAAGAAAUGUUUAAUGAAAUUACUAGAAUGGUAUUACAAAGUAAAAAGGAACAUAAAGAAAAACAGCAACAGAGUGGAGAUGGUACUAUUAAAUUAGGCAAAGUUGCUGGAAAGAAAAGACGGUGUUGUCAAUUAUAGGAUUUCAUAGGAUCAUGAAAGAAAUUAAAGUUGAUAAAGCAGCAAUUAUAAUUUUUUUAGAUUUUAUAAAGUAUCAUUCAUUUAUAUCAUCUUGUUCAUUACUCUGUACCAUGAAUUAUUCUGUAAAUAUUGUUGAUAAUUUUUUUUCCUCUUUCAACUAUCAAAAAUUUUAUUUCUUGCAAGUUUUGUAUGCUGAACAAAAUCAAAGAUUGAAAACAUAUCAAAAAUUAUAUCUGUACUGAAAGAAAAUUACCUUUCUAUCUCAUCAGUAUUAUUUCAUGAAAAUGCUUUGAAAAUUAAUUUUUGUUGUUAGCUUUUUAUAUUCUGUCUUUAGGUAUCGGGUUGAAUUUAAAAACACUGUUUUAAUGUUGUUGUUUUUUUAAAUUUAAAAGUGCACUUAAAGUGAAACAGAUAAUAUGAAUUUGUGUUCAGUAGUUAGUAAAUAGAUUUUACAGCCAAAUCUAUCAACGUCCAUAAUAUAAAUAGAAAAUUUUUUAUAAAUUAAUAUUUUAAUGGUAUUUUUUUAAAGAAAUUUCUAUAAUCCAGUAUACAAAUAUUAUUUAAUUAUGAACCUAUUGUGACCAAUGAAUUUAUACACAAUUUCUUUGUGAAUUUUACUUAAUGCUAUUCACGAUUUAAAAAAAUUUUACUGUGUUAAGGUAUAAAUGCAUUUAAUAAAUAUUAUUUCUGAUAACUUAGUGUAUAUAAUUAUAUCUAAUUACUCUUUAAAUUUCGAUAAAAUUUUAAGUACAAAGAUUUGAUUAAAUUUUUUAUAAAAUUAAUUCAAAUCAAUACAAAUUGUUUUUCAUGAAGAGUUAUUUGUUCUAAAGCCUUAUCAUGUAUUAUGUUGAUUUAAAAAAUAGUUAUUCAUUAGAAAGAUUUUCAGUUAUUGUAGGAAUGCUUUUGUGAAAAAAUUUUCAAAGGCCAUGUUGAAACGGAAAUCAAAUUAUAAAUCAAAAUGAAUUAAAUCAUAAAACCAUAUAUAAAUACAAAUAACUAUAAAUGUAAAAUUUUUUUAUGGGUCAAAGUUGUGAGAAGUACCCAUUGUAAUUGUAAAAGCUAGGAAGAACUGCAUUUUCAGUAGUCGCCGUAAUAAAAAAAUAUGUAUGGAUUAAAAAUAAAUGUGAGAAAAGAAAUGGGAAUGAAGCUAUCAAGCCCAAUUUAGUAAUUCUAAAUAAUGUGCAGCAAGCAGUAUUCCUCAUCUGCCUUAUAUAUGCAUAAAACUCCACUGGUUUUUGCCUUUACAAUCCACGUUUUGCCAAAUGUAGGGAGUUUAAUUGCAAUUAAACUAAGUUUAAUAAUAAUAAGUGGCAAAAACAGGUUAUGCUUACAUUUUUGCUACUUAUUAUUAUUAAACUUAAUAAAUUGGAUACUUUUAGGAUUACUAGGUUAUAAAUCAAAUAUUAUGCAGUGAAUAAUUUAUUAAAUCUAAUAUAAUGCAGAGACCUUUUUUAAUGCUCCAACUCUGUUCCCAGGUAAUAAGCUAUGCUCUGACAAUGAGGCUCCAGCAAAAGUUUAAUAUAUUCAUGCUCGCUUUUGAGUUUAAGAUUUUAAUAAUAUAAAGUAACAAAAAAUCAUCAGCUCAAUUGUUGGAGACUGGAAAAAUUUAGAGCUUUAACCCCAGCCUGGGGGAAAAAACACAGCUCUGGGUACCUAACAUAAUAGAAUCUUAUUGUAUGACUUGCUGUGCAACCUAAUCUUACUGUACCCAUAAAAAUGGAUUUUUCGCAAGUCAGUUCUAAUUUCCAUUAAGUAGCUUGUAAAAAACUGAACCCCACAUUAAAAUGUACAUUUUAAUAGGAUAGUCAUUUUUAUUAACUGAAAAUAGCAAAAGACAUUUGAAAGAUAGUGUUGGUUUUAUUUCUAUAACAGUUAUUAAAAUCGGCAGGGCUAGUGCAUAAUUUUUAAUAAGCUGAUUACAUUGAAAAGUUAUAUAGCUGUUUGUUUUAAACUUGUAUUAAAUUUAUGGUAUGUUAAUACUAUCUAAAUACUUCUGUGAUAUUUUAUAUCAUUCCAUCCAAGAGAUAAUGUAUAUGUAAUGCUUGAUAUAAAUUUUGUACUAGGCAACUUUUGUAACUUUAAAUGGGGGAGAAAAUGAAUGUUUGUUGUAUUUCGUAGUUAUUUACAAAUAUAUUUCGCAACAUUUUCUUUAUGGUGGAUAUUUGUAUUAAAUGCGAUUAAUUGCUGUGAUUUUUUUAUACUCUGUGAAAUAGAGCAUAUUAUUUUUCAUAUGGAAAUAAGAAUAUUCUAAAAUUUCAAAAUAAAUUUAUUUUUCACU